UUCAAACCUCUUGGAUGUUUCUGUAAAACAUGUUACGGCUCGUCGCUGUCUUCGCAGCCUUGGGUGCGCCGGCGUUGGCGAGCGAAUACACGCCCUUCGAAUUCGACUGGCAGCAGCGUCUGUCCUCGCUCGGAUUGGCAGAGAACAACGCAACCUUUACAGCCUCGGGUUGCGUGCAAGCCGUAAGACGCAGAAAUUCCUCUCCCCCCCGACUUUGCACUCCAUGAUUAAAACUGACCAAGCAACAUAUCGACAGUGCGAAUUACUCGGGCAGCUCCUCCCGCAGCGCGAAAUCCUCCCCAGCGACUCGCAGUACUUCAAGGUCAAGGAUUUCUACUGGUCCGCGCAGCAGGCCGCCGUGUCGCCGCAAUGCUUCGUGCAACCUGGCAGCGCCGAGGACGUCUCGACGAUCAUCAAAGUCGCCGAGCGAGCGGAGUGUCCCUUUGCCGUGAAAUCCGGCGGGCACGCGGCGUUUGCUGGCGCGUCGAAUAUCCAGGACGGCAUUACGAUUGAUUUGCAGCUACUGAAUGAGAUUACUGUUAGCGAGGAUCGGACGACGACGAGAAUCGGGCCGGGGAAUCGAUGGGUGGAUGUGUAUUCGCGACUGGAUGCGAAGAAUCUGAUGGUUGUUGGCGGGAGGGUGGCGGAGAUUGGUGUUGGUGGGCUGAUGUUGGGAGGGGGGAUUUCGUUCUUCUCUGCGCGGAGAGGAUGGGCGCUGGACGGCGUGCGGAACUAUGAAGUCGUUGUUGCCAGUGGGGAGAUCUUGGACGUUAAUCUGGAGUCUUAUCCGGAUCUUUACUGGGCUUUGCGCGGUGGGGGGAACAACUUUGGCGUCGUCACUCGCUUCGAUCUGGAGACGUUCCCGCAGCCGGGCAUGUGGGGUGGCAUGGCCUACCAUUCGAUGGACCACAAUGUUACGCUCAACGACGCCUUCUUCAACUUUGCAGACGCCGCGCACGAGGAUCCGGACGCGCAGGCGUACUUGGCGUUUUGCUGGCUGAAGGACUACGAAUCGUACGUGAUCAUGUCCGAGGUGACGUAUGCGCGGGCAGUGGAGUAUCCGGAGGUGUUGAAGCCGUUCACCGACGUCCCGGCCAUGUCAACGACGGUGCGACUGAGGAACAUGACCGAUCUGGCGCUGGAGAUGAACGCCACGAACCCCAAUGGCAUGCGGCAGGUGUGGAUGACGGGAACCUUCCGAAUGGAUCGCGAGAUGCUUCAGGCUUGCGUGGAUAUAUUCGUAGAAGAGCUGCAGCCGGUGAAGUACCUCAAUGGCAUCGUCCCGGCGGCCAUUGUGCAGCUCAUCGGGAAGGAUACCAUUGCCAACUUUGGACGGAACGGGGGAAACUGUCUCGGCAUCGAGCCCGGCGAGGGCCCGCUGGUCAACCUCAACCUGGCUUUCCUGUGGGUCGAUGCCGCGGAUGAUGAGGUGGUGGAGCGCGUGAUACGGCGCGUGCUGGAGAGGUGUGAGGCCAAGGGGAGGGAGUUGGGCGUGUGGCAUCGAUACAUCUACCAGAACUACGCGGGCAAGCACCAGGAUGUGUUUGCGGGUUAUGGCGAGGAGAAUCUGAGGCGGUUGAGGGAGAUUUCAAAAAAGUACGAUCCCGAGCAGGUGUUCCAGAGACUGCAGCCGGGAUAUUACAAGCUGUAGAGGAGGGAUGGUAUGACAGGUCUCGUUUGCGUGCGAUGUGUUCGGCGGUGAGGUGAGCCAGUAAUUUGGCAUCGGUAAGCGUAGUCAUGCAUAGCGUUCCGUAGAGAAGAUACCAUGUUCCCAACCAC